GAGUUUUACUUUGACAGUAGCGGUUAAACGAUUGAUGUGAAAGGCGGAGUGUUUUGUAUACUCUCGUCUAGUACUUAUUUAUUUCUAAACAAAUUUCAGAACAUUAAAUAAAGUCUUUAUUUAUUAUGUAGAAAAUUCAAUCCGUACAAGUGAUCCAAAAAUGUCGACAGUACUUUUGGCCGUUAUUGCAGUGAUAUUAUGUGUACUUUUCCGAAUCUUGAACGUGAAUAGUCAACCACACAAGCCUCUCAUUUAUGGACGAGAUAAAAAUUUCAUAGAAAAUAUUCUCUUCAUAGCUCCAUUUUUGAGUGAACCAUAUAUACCAACAAGAUUAUGGGGAUUCAGUGGACAUGUCCAGACAAUUUUGCACAGUCUUAUUGGAAGAGUCCGUUGCCCUUGGCCAAUCGGUGCAAGAAUAAUGCUAGUUCUACCUGACCGCUCCACUCUAACAUAUGACUUGUAUGAACCUGUUGGUGCGGAACAUGAAGACGACGUAACGGUAGCCAUAUGUCCCGGUAUCGGCAACACGUCGGAGAGUGUGUACAUUCGUACAUAUGUACACUACUCUCAGCGUCACGGGUACAGAUGUGCUGUACUGAAUCACAUUGGUGCCCUCAACAGCGUUCCUGUUACUGGAUCAAGGAUCUUCUCGUACGGUCACACGGAUGACUUCAGUUACAUGGUAGAGAAUCUCAUGGAGAAAUAUCCCAACACAAAGCUGAUUCUAGUAGGAUUCAGCCUUGGCGGCAAUCUGAUUACGAAGUACUUGGGCGAGGACAGGAAAAGACCUAAAAAUAUAAUUGGCGGUAUCUCUAUUUGCCAGGGAUAUAAUGCUAUCGACACAAUGGUGUACCUUCUCCAAUGGCAGAACUUCCGACGUUUCUACCUCUACAUCAUGACAGACAAUUAUAGAAACAUUAUAACGCGACAUAAGCGAAUGCUGCUAAACCAGGACUUGAAGAUUAAGUAUAAUUUGGACGAGAAGAUGAUUGUUUCGGCUGGUACAUUACCGGAUCUAGAUGAGGCAUAUUCUAGGAGAGUACACGGCUUUAAAUCCGUGACGGAGUUGUACAAAUGGAGCUCGUCAGCGUUCUACCUUGAGCGGGUUAAGACGCCCAUGAUAUUCAUAAACGCGCGCGAUGAUCCUAUAGUGCCUGAAGCACUGCUGCCCAACGUCAGGGAAUUUGUUAGUUCGUACGAUAAGAAAAUGUUCUUGGAAUUAGCGCAUGGAGGUCACCUAGGUUUCUAUGAAGGAGGUUUACUCUAUGCCAAUCCCGUGACGUGGCUAGACCGAGCUGUAGUGGGUCUCGUGGGAGGUCUUUUAAUGGCACACAACAAAUGCUCACCCAAAGAAAACAUUGAAACUGACUGUUCGAUAUCAGACGAAGAACCUGAUCUCAUUAAAUCAGCUACAAUAUUAUAUAGAGACCCGUUAGACAAACAACACAAAUGUAAUACAUUCCCGUCGUAAUUCCGCAUUUAAUGUUAACGUUCCAUUUUACAUACUAUGUACGAUUGUUUUGAAGUUUGUGUUACGUGAAAUGGAACGCAAUUUUUCGAAUUUCAAAUGAGAUUAUGGUUUUCUGUUUGAAUGGAUGUGUUGCUUUAGGUGUAUUAUGGACUAAGACAGAGCAGAUUUAACCCCUAAGGCCGGGUCGUAUACCCAAAAUAAGCGGUGCUACAAGUCGUAAAUUUUUGAUUCUAUACGACUGAUGUUUUGAAUAUUGAUCCCGGCCUAACAUGGCGUCUUUAAGAGCCUAAUAUGCAAACAUGGGUUGGACAAUGUUGUCAACUCUGGCAGGCCUAGAGUUUAUGCUUUAAUGUGUUUCCAAUUUUUGUGUUUUAACUCAAAUUGUUUAUGUAUCAAUAUUGUUUAAAUCGUAUUAAAUUGCAUUUAUUGUAUGUUUGACGCAACGGAAUUUUUUAAUUGCAGUUAAUUAAGAAAGAUACAGUCCAUUUAUUCUGAAUUCAUAUAAAAUGUACAAGGCUUAGCGAAGAAAAAUCACGUUUUUAUCACUUACUACACACUUGUCUCAUUUAUAAACUUUGAUACUGUAUUAAUGUAAUAGAUUAAUAAAAAUUUCUGUUUUUAAUAAUAAUAAUACACAAAAUCUUUACACAGCGAUCAUGCAAAACUACAGAUUCAAAAUAAAAUAAAUUGCUUUGUGACCUGUGAUACUUUAUCAAAUAUGAUUUGAACCUUUUUUCUUAUGGUUAGUAAUUAGUUCGUACUUAUGUAUCAUAAGGUAUAUUUUUGGAUACAGUACCUAACUUAAUAAUAAUGCAUUUUGGAAUUAAUAACAAUGUUGAGUUUUUUGUUUUUAUUAUAAUCUAAACUCUAAAGUAUAUUUUAUUGUUAACAUAACAGAACUUAAACAUAAGCUUAAAUAAUAUUUUAAAUUUUACAACUACACAAGAUGAGAGAGACGACAUGUGAAUGGUCUCUCUCUCUCUCAUCAUUUAAUUGAUUAUUAGAUUUAUAAGUUUACAUCACUUCAUCACCACAAUGUAUCUGGUUAAAAACAACGCCAUUUUUGUUUACCGUUUAAAGAAAUUCAGAAUUAAUGGACUGUAGUGUUAUUUAAAGUUACUUUUUAAACAAAAUAUUUUGUUCAGUUGAAAAGUAAGUUUGAUGUCUACUGAAUCACACAAUAUAAGAGUAAACGAAAAAAAUGCUUUAAUAACGAUACGAACGAUUAUUGUAUUCCAAAUUUAAAAUUUAUAUACUGACUUUGAAGAUUGAAGUUAGCUGCUAUUUGCAAACUACAAGUUAAUACAAUGAAAUUAAAUUUAGAAUACAACAUUUUGUACUAUUUCUAUUAAUAACGAAAUUCUAACAUGAUUUUAACACAGAGCAUUGUAAACAAUGCUGUAUUGUUUGUUAUCAACUCAAUUUAUUAUUAUAUCCAAAUUUUACUGCCUUUUGUCUGUUACACGGAUUAGAAAUCCGAUUUGACAUAUUUAGCAGCUAAUGCCUUAAUAUUUGUUUUUAUAUGUGGUAGUGUUAUGAAGCACAAUAACAGGUUAUAAAGUGUCUUAAAACUUGUUUAAAUUAUUGUAUGAAGAUAUUAGCUGUGCUAAGGUAAUUAAUUAUUUAAUAUAUAUUGCGUGUUGAGAUGCCUUCUAUUGAUUGGCUUUACAUUGAAACGUCAAAUAUGCAUUGAAUAACGAAACUUUCGGAAAAGUUCCGUUGGUAUUCCAUUCGGGUCGGAUUAAUAUGGUAGCAAACCAAUUUUUCGAGGGUAUUUUCAAAAUUCAAUGAUUUUUAAAAUUUGUCUUAUGGUGUAGAAUAUAGUUAUUAUAUUUUUUUACAUUUACACGCCAAUGGACCACCGUUAUGUCCGAUAUUGCUCCGUGGCCAUGAAUGGUUGCUUUUAAAACACGCAAUAAACUUUAAUAAUAUUGAGUUAUACAAACUCAAUGUUAAUCGUAAAUGUGUAUAUUAGGUCAGUGUUAGUUGUGAGUACAAAUUGCUUUUUAAAUUAUUAUUAAUGAAUGAAGACUAGAAUGUACAAGCGCCAUAGAUUCUUAGUUAAUUGGCCUUAACUUAGCACAGGAAGGCUGAUGAGCCAAUGUUUUUUACAAGAUUUUAGAUAAUCUUCAAAAUACAAUAUUUUUAAGAACUUCGAUAGUAAAUUGAAUCUCUGUUUAUCUUUUUACGUACAUAGUAUCACAUUACCAACGUGACAUUAAUACCUGCGAGGCUGUGUCUUUGUUUAGUAUGUUUAAAAUUAUUUGCCUUUUGUAACGAUGCACUGUUCAAGGACGUUUUAACUUAUUCAAAUAAAUGUAAUAAAGUAUA